AUCGAAUGGUAAGCUUAAUGUAAACACAAAAACACGCGAAUUAAAUAUUGUUUAAAAUGCAGCUCACUGCUAGCGCUGAGGCUGUUUUAUCAAGACUCGAUAUAUUUCAACGCGCUGUAGCUGACAUUGUUUACACGGAUUUAUUACAGGAGAAGCAACUUGUAAACUUAUAUCCGAAUUUCAUAAACAACGCUAACAUAUUUUAUUGGAGCGCUCAGAAUGCUGAGGGGCAACCUGUUGCCUACGUGCCGCUGCAGCAUAGCAAAGAUAUAGAUCUACAGCAGCUACAUGCGCUGCAACAAGAACUCAAAGGCAGCAGCAUAUUCAUAGCUUUAGCCGAUAAUACAGGCAACAUAUUAUAUUAUGCAGUUAAACAAGGCAUAGUAGAUAAAUAAAUGCAGUCCUAGGUUUAACUUUAAACUUGUU